GUGUGCGCACCGACGGAUGUGUUUGUUUGCGUUCGGUGGCCCAGUAGUGUGCGUUUGGGUUUUUGGACAAACGCCGAAAAUGUUAUAUAUAAGAGCAACCCCGAUCAAACACGAGCGAAGACGUUGGGUAGAGGUUGUAGGCUGCCAAACUGCCCAUAAAUUUUGCGCGUGCUGAUACGCGAGAAAUCAGCCAUUUGGGAAGAACGGUUCGUAAUCAACAGUUGAAAAGAUUAAUACGAGCUAAAUCGCAAAACUCUAUCUCCUGCUAAGUGAAGCCAGUGUUGUGGGGGAUUUUCACUAACGCGAUCGUAACCGUCAACUUGAGUGUGUGUGUGUGCUUGUUCGUGUGCCUAUCAAAUACCGGAAUAUCAAGAAUUCCACCACCAAAACCACAGUUCCGAAACUUCUGCGUUCGUAUCGUAGACUUUUUUGUUUUUGUGGUAGGGCGACAAAAGACAACAGAAGUGCGAAACCAGAAGAACUUCUGACUCAAGUUUGUUGCAUUAGUGCUCAUCGCCUGCAGGCGCGUGGACGUUAAACGAUAGCGACUAUUAAAAGCUUCGUGGUGCAAUUGUUGUGUAGUGACGCACAAUGACGGUCGCAACCACAACGGAAACUGUCCCCGGGACAGUACUGGCGGCACACGAUGUGAACCUGAAGAAUGCAUCGCCAGCAAGCGCUAACGAUCUGAACAACAACUUCAACGGUAUGGGCGAUAGUAAGGAGAUCACGGAUCAGGAUCUGGACGACUAUCUCGAUCAUUACAACAAAUGGCAACAGAGCCGUUUUGGGCGUGCCCUGCAGGACUGGAUUGCGGACCAUCUCGGGCUAAAGUUUGAUGCCGAAAUUAAGUGGAAAAAUGUGCUAAUGAUCGGUGGGCUUCAUCUGACCACGGUGGUACUGUUCUUCAAAUACGUCUGGUACUCGACACUAACGACGUGGCUGUGGGGCAUUUUCGUGGGUGGCUGUGCAGGAUUCGGCGUAACGGGCGGUGCCCAUCGCCUUUGGACGCACCGAGCGUACAAGGCGAAGCUGCCGCUCCGUAUCAUCCUGAUGUGCUGCUACUGCCUGUCCGGCCAGAACAGUCUGUUCGAUUGGGUCCGGGAUCAUCGCAUCCAUCACAAGUACUCGGAAACUGAUGCCGAUCCGCACAACUCUAACCGGGGCUUUUUCUACGCGCACGUCGGUUGGCUGCUGAUCCGGAAGCAUCCGGAGUGCAUCAAGAAGGGCCGGCUGAUCGACAUGUCCGACGUGCUGGCUGAUCCGGUAAUACAGUUCCAUCAGCGCUACUUUAUGGGCCUCAAGAUUCUGUUCACGUUCAUCGUACCGUCGAUGAUACCCUGGCUGUUCCUGGGCGAACCGCUGUAUCUUUCCUUCCUGGCCAACUGUUUGCUGCGCUACGUGCUGACGCUAAACUUCACCUGGUUGGUUAACAGUGCGGCACACAUAUACGGCAACAAACCGUACGAUAGCCGUAUUCGACCGGCAGAAAACCGAGCCGUAUCGAUCGUGUCGAUGGGUGAAGGAUGGCACAACUAUCACCAUGUGUUCCCGUGGGAUUACAAGGCAGCCGAGAUGGGCCAUUACUCGGUUAAUGUGACCACAUUCUGGCUGGAUGUGUUCUCCAAGAUCGGUUGGGCGUACGAUUUGAAAGAACCGUCCAAGGAGCUCGUACGUCGAACGUUGGAAAAAUACGGAGAUGGUACACACAUUACGGCACCGAUCGGACACCUGAAGGAGGUUCCCGAGCAGGAAUCGACCAAGAGCAGAUAGGCCCGAUGCGCCGAUCUCCGUGGCCGUGGGCAAAUUUAUGUGCGAAAUUCGAUUUCACAACCGGAAGCAAUUCUGCUGGUGCUGCAAACACUGUGACUUGUCGGCACCAGAAUCCACACACACACACACACACAUACACACAUUCGCAACGAUCGCCAACCAAAUUAAUCUCAUGUGAUCGCGCGUGUUCGGUGUCGUUUUGAGUCGAGCUCAUCCGCAACUAUCGGUACCUUAGGAAGGGAAGUUGGUUAAACUACAGGGUUUAAGCUGUUUUUAAAAUAAACGAACAACAGACUGGUAAAAAACACA